AUGGAGAGAAGCAAUUGUGUUCCUAGUCUAGUCUCGAAGAUAAGAAGCAUUGAUGUGCCGCUGAAAAGAGCUGAUGGGAGCGUUUUACUUCCUGUACGUGGAGUUAUCAGGAAGGAUGAUGGGCAGCAACAUCAAGGAGAAGGUUCUAAUACCUCGAUAUAUGAUAACCUGUUUGGAGAUGAGGCUUAUAAAAGUAGCGACAUGGCAGCUAAAGUCAACCUGAAUAAAGUUAGUGAUCGAUCUGAUGACAUGGGGGAAUCUGAACCAGGUACUAAUCCUUUGAAGAAAUCAUAUGCCAGCGUUGCCGAAACAGGUACGAGUAAUAAGAAAAUUAAUUUUUGGAUUCUGAAGUCUGAUACUAAAGUUGAAGGAGCUGAUGUGGUUAUCCCAGCCGCUUCAGUGAAAAAAGUCCAGAACAGAUUUACGAACACAAUAUACGGGUAUUUUCUAGGAAAGAGAUUGCCCUUUCCUAUUGUUGAGAAUUAUGUGAAGAAUACAUGUGCAAAGUAUGGUAUUGCUAAGACAAUGAUGAAUGCCCACGGCUUUUUCUUCUUUAAGUUCAACUCGAAAGAGGGCAUGGAAAAAGUGAUGGAAAAUGGGCCAUGGUUGAUCCGUAAUCUCCCAAUUAUUCUGAAUAUAUGGAAACCGUCUACCAAGCUGGUAAAAGAAGACAUAAAAUCAGUUCCGAUCUGGACCAAAUUGCAUGAUGUUCCAAUAGCAGCGUUUUCAGAAGAUGGCUUGAGUAUGAUAGCCACAAAUGUAGGUACCCCUAGGAUGUUGGAUUCGUACACGGCGUCUAUGUGUACUGAAUCAUGGGGAAGAAAUAGUUAUGCAAGAGCUUUAAUUGAAGUAAAUGCUGAAGAAGAACCGAAGGAAAGUGUUGUUGUUGCGAUCCCAUUGGAAGACGAGGAAGGUUUUUCUAAGAAUUUGGUUAAGAUUGAGUAUGAGUGGCAGCCCCCGCGAUGUAAUGGAUGUAAGGUGUUUGGGCACACGGAUGCUAAAUGUCCGAAGCAAGUCACUAAGCAAGUUAAGGAUGACGGUAAUAAACUGGAAGAUGGCUAUGAAGUGGUAAAAAGAAACAUCAAGCGAAACAGGGAUUCCCUACAAAGAAGCAAGGUGUGUGCAAUUAUUGAAUCUCAUGUCGAUAUUAGUAAUCUCUCUAGUGUUUGUAAAAAGGUUUGGAGAUCUUGGGAAUGGACAUCGAAUGGUAAUGUUUGUCAAAAGGGAACUCGCAUAAUUCUGGGGUGGAAUGCUAAUGAGGUGGAUGUUAUGGUUCUGGCUCAAUCGAGUCAAGUUAUACAUGUCCAAAUUCAAUUCAAGAGGGAUAAGAAAACUCUCUUCUGCUCCUUCAUAUAUGCUAUAUAUGCUGAUAACUAUUAUAAAACUAGGCGUGACCUAUGGGAGAACCUUCGUUACCAUACGGCCUUUGUUCACGAUAAGCCUUGGGUUCUUCUAGGUGACUUUAACUCUUCUUUGAACUUAGAAGAUAACUUGUUUGGUUCGUCUAAAGUUAAUACGGGCAUGCGAGACUUUAGAGAUUGUAUCGAUGAUGUGGAGGUGUUUGAUGUCAAUAGCACAGGCGUUCAUUACACUUGGAAGCAAAAACCAAAAAAUGGAACUGGUGUUAUCAAGAAAAUAGAUAGGAUAAUGGCUAAUGUUCAUUUUACAGAUAUGUUCCCAGCAGCUUGUGCAUACUUUCAUCCUAACAGGAUUUCGGACCAUACGCCAUGUAUUCUAAAGAUUCCAUCCUUGUCGAAAGAAAAACCAAAACCUUUCAAAUUUGCUAACUUCAUUGCAAAUAAUAAAGAAUUUGUGGAAGUGGUGACUAAUAAGUGGAAUGAGGAGGUGGUUGGGUGUCAUAUGUUCAGAUUAACGUCAAAGUUGAAAUCUUUACAGGUGCCGCUAAGGAAGUUGCUUCGUGACCAAGGUAACUUACAUAAGAAGGUAGAUAACUUACGUAAAGAGUUGGAUAAAAUUCAGAUUCAGCUAGAUAGUGAUCCGAAUAAUGAAGAGUUAAGAGUCAAGGAGGCCGUGACAUACAAAGACUUUAUGGAGGCGUCGGUUGAUGAAGAAUGCUUUCUUAAACAAAAAGCAAAAGUUCAAUGGCUCGGGGCUGGAGAUUCGAAUACAGCCUUUUUUCACAACUCAAUCAAAAGCAAGAACCAUCGUAGCAGAAUUGAGAUAGUUAAGGAUGUUAAUGGGACGCUUCAUGAAGGUAUAGAUGCAGCAAAAGCGCUCCUAGAUCACUAUGAAAACUUUCUUGGUCGUAAAGAUAAUAAUCUGGUGAAUCCUUCCCCUGAGUUAUUUGUCAAUAAGCUGAACCCUGACAAAGCUCAGUUGAUGGUGAGGGAGGUUUCGAAUGAAGAAAUCAAGAAUGCUAUGUUUGACAUUGGGGACAAUAAGGCUUCGGGUCCGGAUGGAUUCUCGUCUGUCUUCUUUAAAAAAGCAUGGGAUACUGUAGGGAGUGAUGUUUGUCUUGUGUUGGUGCACUUGUGUCUAAUCAAACAAGGAUUGCAUGAGCUUGUUAGCAUCAACCAAUCGGCUUUUAUCCCGGGUAGGCGAAUUUCUGACAACAUUAUGCUUACACAAGAACUGAUGCUUAAUUAUCAUAGAAACACGGGGCCUCCUAGAUGUGCUUUUAAAAUCGAUAUUCAGAAGGCAUAUGACACGGUUGAUUGGAGUUUUCUGAGACGUAUCAUCACAGGGUUCGGUUUUCAUGAUCGUAUGGUAACAUGGAUUAUGAAGUGUAUCUCAUCCACAACGUUCUCGUUGAGCCUUAAUGGUAACCUGCAUGGUUUCUUCAAAGGUGAGAGGGGGCUGCGACAAGGUGACCCGAUGUCACCUUACUUGUUUACUCUCGUUAUGGAAGUUCUCACUCUUCGGUUGGAUCACAUGGUAGCAACAUCGCUGAAUUUUCGGUCUCAUAAUAAGUGUGAUAAACAACGCAUUGUGAGCUUAUGUUUUGCUGAUGACUUGUUUAUGUUUGCUAGAGGCGAAGUUAAAUCGGUCAAGCUUGUCCUAGAAGCUCUUGAAAGCUUUAAAAACAUGUCAGGUUUAGUUCCGAGUAUCCCUAAAAGCACGGUAUACUUUGCUAACGUGACCAAUCAGGUAAAACAAAGAAUUCUUGAGCUUGUGUCGUUUAAAGAAGGAUGCCUUCCAGUUAAAUACCUUGGCGUUCCCCUUAUAUCUUCCCGAUUAUUGUAUAAAGACUGCCAAAUUCUCGUUGAAAAAAUGGAAAAUAAAAUCACGUAUUGGGGAAACAAGUUUCUUUCUUUCGCGGGAAAACUUCAACUCAUCAGAUCGGUUCUAUCGUCUAUGCACGUCUAUUGGGCAUCCGUAUUCAUCCUGCCAAAGCGUAUUAUAAAGGAGCUCGAAAGGAAAAUGAAAGACUUUCUAUGGAGAAGCGGAUCAGUAGGGAAAGGCAAGGCCAAGGUCGCGUGGAAAACUAUAUGUCGGCCUAGGGAUGAAGGGGGUUUGGGGAUCAAAUGUGUUGAUGACGUUAAUAAGGCGUUGAUGACUUUUCAUGUGUGGAGCCUCUUAACUAAUAGGGAGUCGCUUUGGGUUAAGUGGAUUCACACAUACAAGUUGAAACAAAGAUGCUUUUGGGAUGUUCCUGUUAAGCAAGGUAACUCGUGGGGGUGGAGGAAAAUCUUAAAGCUUAGACCGCUUAUUCGUGAGCAUAUGUGGUCAAAGAUAGGGGAUGGCAUGGCGACUUAUGCUUGGUAUGAUAAAUGGUCUCAUGCGGAUCCAAUUGGGAGCUUUAUUACGCCGAGAAUGAUUCAAUAA